AUGGCCGGCAAAUCCUUCAAACUGCUCUGCUUAGAGAAUCCUCUCCUCGACAUCCAGGGUAAAGGCGACCAUGCAAUGCUCGAGCAAUACGGGUUGAAACUCGACGACACCCUGCUCGCCGAGCCCCACCAGAUGGGCCUGUACGACGACCUCAUCAAGAACCGCGAUGCGAAGCUGAUCCCGGGCGGCGCUGCGCAAAACACCGCCCGUGGCGCCCAGUACAUGCUACCCCCGGACUCGGUCUGGUACAUCGGCUGUGUGGGCGAUGACGAGUAUGCUAAAAUCCUAAGGGAGAAGUGUGCGGAGCAAGGUCUGCACGUCGAGUACAGAGUCGACCCCGAGCAACCAACAGGAAAAUGCGGCGUCAUCAUCACCGACCAUCACCGGACCAUGUGCACGCACCUUGCCGCGGCCAACGAAUACAAGAUCGAGCAUCUGCAACAACCGCACAUCUGGUCGCUCGUCGAGUCCACCCAAGUCUUCUACGUUGGGGGCUACCACUUGACCGUCUGCGUGCCAGCCGCCCUCGCUGUGGGCAAACACGCCGCCGAGACCAACAAGAUCUACAUGCUGUCUCUGUCUGCUGGCUUCAUCCCACAAUUCUUCAAAGACCAGCUUGCCGAAGUCCUCCCCUACACCGACUAUGUCUUCGGCAACGAGAACGAGGCAAAGACCUGGGCCGAGUCGCAGGGCCAUAAGGAUAUUUCCAUCCCCGAGGCUGCAAAGCUGCUUGCCCAAACUCCCAAGACUAACGAGAAGAGACCGAGAGUCGUCAUCAUUACACAGGGUACCGAUCCUACUAUUGUCGCCGUGGCGGAGAAGGGCAAAGAUGUUCAGGUCCAGGAGUACCCCGUCGCUGCUAUCGAAAAGGAUGCCAUCAAUGACACCAACGGUGCUGGUGAUGCCUUCGCAGGUGGCUUUGCCGCAGGCGUCGUUGAGGGAGAUUCGCUUGCAUCGAGUAUCAAGAAGGGUCAUUGGUUGGCCAGACUCGGUCUGCAGGAGCUCGGUCCUUCGUACCCAUGGCCCAAGCAGACAUACAAGGCUUAA